GUUCGGGCUGAGCGCUGAAGAAGAGCACUGCAGCGGCUCCCUCUCUUCCAGCAUCAUCACUGUUCACCUCCAUCAUCCCUGUCUCGCUCUAUAAGCUGUCGUCCUCUCGUCCUCUUCCGUCAGACACCCGGCACCAGUAUGUCCGACAAGAGUGAGCUGAAGGCUGAGCUGGAGAGGAAGAAACAACGGAUCGCCCAGAUUCGAGAGGAGAAAAAGAGAAAAGAAGAGGAGAAGAAAAAGAAGGAUGGAGAUGCAAAGCGCGGAGCGGAAGGUGGUUCCUCGGGCAGCCACGAAGACUCUGACCUGGAGAGGAAGAGGAGGGAGGCGGAGGCGCUCCUGCAGAGUGUUGGCAUCACUCCUGACAUACCCCAUGCUCAGCCCCUGAGGGUAGUAACAGAAGAUACAUGUCUGUUUCACUACCUAGUCCCUGCCCCCAUGUCUCCCUCCAACAAAUCAGUGGGCAGUGACGCAGGAAGCCAAGAUUCUGGGGACGGAAACGCAGGACCAAGGACAUUGCAUUGGGAUCCUGACCCCUCUACUCUGCAACUGCACUCCGACUCUGAGCUGAUGGGACGUGGAGCUGUGAGGCUGGGCAUGUCCAAAUUGACCCAGGUGGACUUUGUCCCGAAGGAAAUGGUGUCUUACUGCAAAGAAACGCAGACACCCACCGAUGCAUUGUCACACGCUGAUCAAAAAGCAGAUGAGGAAGAGGAUGAGGAGAUAGCUGCUGCUCCUCCAGUAGAAGACAACGAAGAAAAAGAUGAACAGGGUGAACAGCAGGAUGAGGAUACUCCCAAGGAGCUGACUGAAGAAGAGAAGCUGCAGGUCAUGCACUCCGAGGAGUUCUUGUCGUUUUUCGAGCGAGGCAGCAGAAUUGUUGAGAGAGCUCUGGCUGAGCACGUGGACGUCUGCUUCGACUACAGCGGCAGAGAUCUGGAGGAUAAGGAGGGUGACCUGCAGGCAGGUGCAAAGCUGGUUCUGAACAGACAGUUUGCAGAUGAGCGCUGGACUAAAAACAGAGUGGUCACCUGUCUUGACUGGUCCCCUCAGUACCCAGAACUGCUCCUGGCCUCAUACAACAACAAUGAGGAUGCUCCUCAUGAGCCUGACGGAGUGGCACUGGUCUGGAACAUGAAGUACAAGAAGGGGACACCUGAGUACAUCUUCCACUGCCAGUCAGAGGUGAUGUCAGCUGGAUUUGCAAAGUUUCACCCCAACCUGGUGGUGGGUGGGACGUAUUCGGGACAGAUUGUCCUGUGGGACAACAGGAGCAACAAGCGCACCCCUGUCCAGAGAACCCCCCUGUCUGCAGCUGCUCAUACACACCCAGUCUACUGUGUGAACGUGGUGGGAACCCAGAACGCCAACAACCUGAUCAGCAUUUCCACUGAUGGAAAAAUGUGCUCUUGGAGCCUUGACAUGCUCUCACAGCCGCAGGACAGUCUGGAGCUGGUGUUCAAACAGAGCAAGGCAGUGGCUGUUACCUCCAUGGCCUUCCCUCUGGGAGACGUGAACAACUUUGUGGUGGGUAGCGAGGACGGCUCCGUCUACACCGCCUGUCGACACGGGAGUAAGGCAGGUAUCACUGAGGUGUUUGAAGGCCACCAUGGUCCAGUGACUGGGCUGAGCUGUCACAGCGCUGGUGGACCAGUUGACUUCUCUCAUCUCUUCAUCUCCUCCUCUUUUGAUUGGACCGUCAAACUCUGGAGCACCAAGAGUACCCGUCCACUGUACUCAUUCGAGGACAGCUGUGACUACGUCUAUGAUGCGAUGUGGUCUCCGACACACCCUGCUCUGUUUGCUUGUGUGGACCUCGCCGGACGUCUGGACCUGUGGAACCUCAACAAUGACACUGAAGUUCCCACCGCCAGUGUGUGUGUGGAGGGGUCUCCAGCACUGAACCGUGUGAGAUGGGCUCACACUGGAAAAGAGAUCGCCACUGGGGACUCAGACGGACAGGUGCAGGUCUACGACGUAGGAGAGCAAAUCUGCGUGCCAAAGGCUGACGAGUGGACACGCUUCGUCAGGACGCUGGCUGAGAUCAAUGAGAACCGAGAUGAAGCUGAGGAACUGGCCAAUGUCUGAUAAUGUACACCCCACCUCACUAACAACUGCUCAUAAUUCCUCUUCAGGGGCCUGUUGCACCAAUUGGUUCUUUGUUAAGUCAGUCUUUUUUAAGACCAGUCUUUGUAAUGGACUUAAGUUCAGUUGCACCAACUGAACAUAAGACUUAGUCUUAACUACGCCCGGUCUUAGCAAUGCACAGUCAUGUAAAAGCGCACUUUUACAGACCAUUAACGCUGACAGCCCAACUGGCUUGUUUCACAUUUAGAUAUCAAACAGUUGUUGCUAUCAUUAUUAACAGUAGCUUACUAAUAUAAAAUGAAUUCAAAGGUUCAGUGUGUAGAAUCUAGUGACAUCUAGUGGUGAAGUCUCACAUUCCCCUUCCAAACAUAAAGGAGAACCUGUGGUAACCUUCAAUUGUCAAACUAAACUCAAAGGUGUUUAGUUUGUCCAGUUUGGACGACUGUAAAAAAAAAAAAAAAGGCGGCCUCCGUAGAGAGGACCCGCGCCCGAUGUAAAUAUAAAGUAUUUAAAUAUAAAAGGCCCAUUCUAGGGUAAAGUAAAUGACAACUUGUACAAUUUAAUGAAACACACUAAUGAAAAUAUCACUAGAAUUAUUUUAUAUAAAAUUUCUGCCAAUAGAUCCCUUUCACCUAAAUCUUACACACUGAACCUUUUAAUGGAGCAAAUGUAAUGGAAUGGAGCAGAGAUCAUAGACCUCUUCACAGAACAUGUUGGUUUCUGAGACGGUUAACUUUAAAAAAUACACAAUCGUAAACCUUGUUUCAGUCACUCAGGGAAACAAGGGGACAGUCAAUGAGAGAGAGAGAGAGAGAGCGCUGUAAACUGUAAACAGAUGUUUUUACACACCACCCACCAGCUCUGUGAGAGCAGGAGAAUGAGUCUGGCUCAGCUCACUGAGAAGCCGACUACUUCACUACUGCUUCUUCAUCGUCUGCUGGUUUAGAUUUUGACUGCUCCUGACCAGGCAUAAUAUUUGCAACAGGUCCUGAUGAGGAGAAGAUUUAAAAUCUAGAUAGUGCAACUGGUGUAACUAUGAGGUUAAACUCUGAACGGCGACUUAGCUUCACACCAGCUGGUGCGACCGGCCCCGGUACAUUAUCAACUUCUGGCACACACACUGCCAAGAGGAGCUGCUCUCUCCUCUGUGGCUUCCACCUUUUCCACCCACUACUACAUGAACUGGCCUGAGGAGAGGUGCAGAGCUAGAACGGAUAGAAAAGACAGUUUUAAACAUGUUUUUAAAUGUCUUUAAGAGAACAUUUGUAGAUACGAUGAAUGUCACAUGUAGCAGUGGUAGUACAGUAAGUCAGGUGAUUGAGAAGAACACAGGGAAGUGAGAACCAGGAUGGACGUGGCUGUCCACUCUCUACACUUCUAGCUUUGAUUUCAUCCUCGGUGCUCCAGAAUCUGCUCCUGUCCUGAAGCCUCAACCAACUCAGUCCUUUUUUUAAAAUAUGCAAACCUUUGUACUUGCACCUUUUUAGUACCAUUGUAGUGUUUUGACAUGUUUUAAUAUUUUCUGGACACACUUGUGCACACGGUCGGCGUUGGGAGUGUUUUCAGGGGAGCAAAAGAAAAAGAAACCGCUGACAUAUCAGUAUCAUUUCCUCUGUAUCCUCAGCAGCACUUUAAUUUGAUGACUAAAACCGGAUCAUGUGCUUAAACAGACACUUUUGUGGCCUGUGCGGAAGUGUGUCACUCUUACAUUUUAACCACUACAAUAUUUAUUAUUUAUUCCAAUGGUGGCACUUAUUUAAAUUUUGUGUUUUGUUUAAAAAUGCUGCUUUGUACUAAAGGCUUGAGUAGUACAUUCCUAAAAUCGGCACAAGCUUUUACCAAUUAAGGUCCAUAACUAUACUUGCCUUGAAUUUAUUGACACUAGUACAGUUAAAGUGUUUUUUUCUGUACCAAAGGUUGUUUUCUACUCUGUACCUGUCCAAGUAGUAAAAAGUGUUUCCUGACAUGUACUCAUUGAGAGGGUUUAAAUAAACUAAAUUAAGAUCUGCAUUAAGUUGGAAA